GUGAGCUGUCAGAUUCAGCUGAAUGUAUCAGUGAUUUUUUGGUAUUUUGUGGUGAAAAUAAAUUCAAUUUUAUGCAUGAUAUGGUGACGGAAUAAAUAAAUAACCAACACAUUUCGCUACUGAGACUCACAGAGAUAAGGCACAGGUGACGAGGAGUCUCAUCCACGCGACAUCCCCCGAGAAGCCACACAAGAGACUUUGACGGACAGGGAAGAGGCGACACCAGAAGCGGCAUGACGGAUGCAAAUGUUUUGCCUCCGGGAGUGAAUCCGGAGAACAAUGCCAUUCCGGGUGUUCCGCUCAUCAACAACAACAACAACAAUCGGCCAAGGAACAACAACCAGAACUCACUGAUGAACGUGCGAGAUCGCCUGUUCCACGCCCUCUUCUUCAAGACUGCCCUGGCCUAUGCCCAAGCGAUACCCAAACCAAUGCGACGUGCCAUUGAACUGCUGAUGCUGCUGAAGGCGCUCACGGCGCUGUUCAUUCUCGUGUACAUUCACAUCACCUUCUCACAGACGCCGGCCACGUGCCUGGAGCACGUGAAGGGCGAGUGGCCGCGCGACGGCAUUCUGCGCGUGGAGAUCCUGAAGAACGCGCCGCCGGCGGCGAAGCUGCCGGAAGUGGAGGAGAGCGAGCUGACGCUGAUGCGGAACAACCAUCGCGAAGGCCUGGUGAGCAUCGAUCCGUCCACGACGCUGCCGCACGAGGAGUCAAACGGCGGGGCGGCGGCCGUGGAGGCGGACAAGGAGCCGCCGCCGCCGGACAACGACAGCCACAGCGCCGCGACGGAGUACGUGAAGGUGUACAUUGAGACGCAGAUGGUGAUGAUGGAGCGCACGAAGUUCGACAGUCUCUUCUCGGAUGUGUCCAAAGGCCUGCUGGGCGGCAAUGAGGAGGAGGAGGGCGGCGCCGAGGGUGAACUGGAGACGUCCGAUGAGGAUUCGAUCGUGUAUGCCAAUCAGACGCUCAACGACUCCGCCAUUGCGGCUGCGGAGGAGGAGAAGGAGGGCGAGCUGCGGUCCAGUGUGCCGGAGGUGGAGAAGCUGGUGAAUGCCGUGUGGCUGGAGGAUCAGUACAUUGUGGAGUACUCGCUGGAGUAUGGAUUUCUGCGCUUGUCAUCCACCACGCGACAGCGACUGAAGAUUCCCGUGUACACUGUGACGCUGGAUCCGGAGAAGGACAAGUGCUUCGGCGAUACCUUCAGUCGAUUCAUCCUGAAGGAGUUUCUGGGCUACGAUGAUCUCCUGAUGGCGUCGGUGAAAGUGCUGGCGGAGCAGGAAGACAACAAGGGAUACUUGAGGAAUGUCGUGACUGGGGAACACUAUCGAUUUGUGUCGAUGUGGUGGAUGGCCAGAGGCUCUUAUCCGGCCGCCUUCUUCAUAAUGCUCCUCUUCACUGUCUCCAUUUCAAUGCUGCUGAGGUAUUCACAUCAUCAAAUCUUCGUCUUUAUAGUGGAUCUGCUGCAGAUGCUGGAGUUUAAUGUUUCCGUGCGAUUCCCGGCUGCGCCGCUGCUCACGGUGAUCCUGGCACUAGUUGGAAUGGAGGCGAUUAUGUCAGAGUUCUUCAAUGACACCACCACGGCUUUCUACAUUAUUCUCGUUGUUUGGAUGGCAGAUCAAUAUGAUGCCAUUUGUUGCCAUACUUCACUGACAAAGAGACACUGGCUGAGAUUCUUCUACCUCUACCAGUUCUCAUUCUACGCCUAUCACUAUCGAUUUAAUGGACAAUAUAGCAGUCUGGCGCUCGUCACCUCAUGGCUUUUUAUACAGCACUCAAUGGUGUACUUCUUCCACCACUACGAGCUGCCUGUGAUUAUACACCAGGCUCAGUUGCAGCAGUUGCUGAUGAGGUCCCGACAGCAGGGUGGGCAGAAUGGACAGCAGGCGGCCGCGGGCGCAAAUGCGGCCGCGGCGGCGGCGGCCAAUGGGAAUGCGCAGGGUGGUGGCAAUGGUGCGGCAAGAGUGGUGGGACAGGCGGCCGGAGAGGCGGCAAGACGCCAGGCGGAGCCGCCGGUGAAUCGUCAGAAUGACAACAACAACAAUAACCACAACUUCUUGACUAAUGUGACGUAUCUGGCCAGAAGGCUUCCUGUGCCCGGCCUAAGGAAUCGCGAUGAGACGCCCGUGAUGCGGACACUGCGGAACAUUAUGGCCAAUACAAUUCUCGGUGGCCUGAUCAAUAACAACGAGAACAACAACAAUCCGCGAAUUCGUGUGGUGAAUUUGGGGAAUUUGCAGCGAAUAACACUUGGCAGAAUUGCCAUAACGCCCUCAACUGUGCAGAAUGAGACACAGACAACGGGUGAUGAGGCGACAGAAGAGACAGCAAACAGCUCGAGUGCAUCAGCUGCAGAUGCGGUCAGUGAUGAGGGUGGAUCGCAGAGUAAUUUUCAGCGCAACUUCGAGGAGAAUAAUUACAUUUUUCCCACUGAGACGACAACGACGACGGCCACGGAGGAAAAUCCCGCGGUGAAUUCGCAAAAUCAGGUGGCGAAUGGGGUGGUUGAUGAUGUGGGGGUGGUGAAGGCGCCCAGCAGCUCAGAUGCCGUCGUCUAUGUGGCACAAUCGAUCGGUGGAGUCUCAAAUUCGCAUUCACCGAGUCCAGACGCCAAAUUAAAUUCCACGGAAGGGAAUUCCCACGCGGAAAUUUAUAGUGCAAAUAAUGAUGUUUCGGGAAAUUAUGAUUCCGCCGCCGGCUCGACGUCCGUCGAGUGUGCUAGAGAUCGGGGAGCCAGAGAUGCGCUCCACUUACAUCCGCCCGAUGGGGCGUCGAGUGAUGCAUAAGGGCUGAACACGCGGACGAGAUGUGUGUUUCUGUGUUUAUGUGUGAGUGAUGCACUUCUGAUCAUCUUAAUUUGCUAAAAAAACAAAAAGAAACCUUUUUUUCCUGUACAUACAAAGAUGAUUGAGAGAAUGAAUGAGCUUUUUGCGUGUGAAUCCUGAGAGAAUGAUUGUGACUGAGAUUUAUGUGAAGGAGAAUUUUUGAUUCUAUAUAUAUAUAUAUACUUCUUUCGUUUAUGGCGAUGGGUUUGCUGGAGAAAAAUCAAAAAAAAUCAAGAAAUUUUGUAAGGCGUUUAUUGAGUGUAAAGAAAAAAAACAGCGGAGUGUAGAAAAAAACCCUCCGUGUUGAGAUAUUGAAGAAUUUGUGAUCAUUUUUAUCCCCCCUUUUUGUGCGUUUAGGAAGAAUGUUAAUUUUUGCUGCGUUUCUCAAAAGCUCAAGUUUCUGGUUCUUUUUCCCCCUUGUUUAGCUCCCUUUUUUACCUCUUUUGUACAUAUGUUUCUUUGGAAUGUCGCUCAAGCCCGAUGUCCUUUGUCGCGAGGGUGUGUUCAGGUUUUUCUUUCUUUUUGAGUGGACAAAGCUUGUCUGAUUGCAACAGAUGGGAUCACUUUGUGGCGCUGAUGUCGUCAUUUUGAGAGAGAAAAAAAAUGGGAGGAAGAAAUCGAGCAGAAGAGUAGAGAAGGAGAUAGAAAUUGUGUAUAAUUAUAUUUAUGAGAGUAGUUUGUAAAGCAACAAUUCUGUAAUGAAUUAUACUUGAAGACAGAAGUAAAGUCAAUAAAAG